UUGGCUGCGACAUCAGCGCUGCAGCCAGAGCGGGCCAUGUGUGGAGUAGUGGCAGCCUCCAAAUGGUUGGAGGUAAUCGCAAAUGUCAACUUUGCCAAUUGGAGGCAGUGGCAGCAGCAGCAAAGACGUCCUCCUGGCAUUUUGGCCUAGCAGCAGCAGACUCUUCAAGAAAGGGUGCCAGCAAGGCAACAUCCUGGAGAAGCGCAGCCAGAGCAGGAUCUUGGCAAGAAAUUUUAAACCAACCUCUGCAUCCAAUGACUGCCUCCGUUUUAUAUAAUUGGUUACUGUCAUUAACAAGAGCACAGGCACUUUCUUUGCGAAAGUGGAAUUUCACCAGUCCAGCAAAGCCAUUACUGGGCGUCAAACAUGCACCUUUGUCGAUGCCUUUUGCUGGGAAAAAGAGAUUUGUGGACUUGCCUGUUAUAGUAGAGGAUGAAUUAGAGGAACAGUUUGUUCGAGGACGUGGUCCUGGGGGCCAAGCAACCAAUAAAACCAGCAACUGUGUAGUGCUGAAGCAUGUUCCAACUGGGAUUGUCGUGAAGUGCCAUCAAACCAGAUCAGUAGAUCAGAACAGAAAAAUAGCCAGAACAAUUUUACAAGAAAAGCUUGAUGUACAUUACAAAGGUCUAAACAGUGAAGUUGUGAAGCAAAAACAAGCGCAGCAAUGGAAAAAACAAGAGAAGAAAAGAAAAGCAAAAGAUAAUUUAGAAAGAAAAAGACAAUUUAAAAAUCUUUUAGAAUCUACAGAUGCCACUGAAUGAAAAAGUAACUUGUUGAUUCAUUGCAAGGUUUUUAUUCUUUUUAACCAGCAGAAAGCAGAUUUGGACUAUAUAAUUAAGAAAAGACUUACCUUUAACAUGGUAACUUUGAAAUUAAAAUGCAAUAAAUAUCUAAAACACUGAUUCAAAACAUAAGUAGUGUUACUUGUGCAUCUUCAUGUGAGAGUUAGAAGUAGUGGAUUCACGUUCCACUGCUGGUUGUGAUCUAAUGAUCUCAUCCUGUAUUUGGUGUAAAUUAAGUGGACAAAUGUAAGGUUACUCACUUCAGAAAAAAAAACAAGAAGGCAGAUUACUACCUGAAUGGCUGUAAAUUGGGAGAGGGGAGUGUGCAGCAGGACCCAGGUGUCCUUGUGCACCAGUCACUGAAGGUAAGCCUGCAGGUGCGGCAGGUGAUAAAGAAGGCAAAAUGGUAUAUUGCAACAGAUUUCAAGGACAGGAACAGGAAUGUGUUGUUGCAGUUACACAGAGCCUCCGUGAAACUGCACCUGGAAAUAUCGUGUGCACUUUUGGUCUCCUUUUCUGAGGAAGGAUGGUCUUGCACGUGAGGCAGUGAACUGAAGGUUUACCGGGCUGAUUUGGAGAGAUUGACUGACUAGGUUAGGAUUGUUUUUACUGGAGUUCACAUGAAUGAGGGGGAAACCUCAUAAAGACUUAGAAAGUUCUAACAGGACUGGACAGGAUCAAAGCAGGGAGGAUGUUCCCAAUGGUGGGUGUGUCCUGAAGUUGAGGAUUUGGGGUAGACGAUUUAGAAUGGAGAUGUGGAGACAUUUUCACACCCAAAGAGUGGUGAGCCUGUGGAAUUCAUUACCACAAGAUAGUUGAUGCCAAAACAUUGAAUGUAUUCAAGAGGCAAUUAGAUAUAGCACUUGGGGUGAAUUGAAUCAAAAGUUAUGAGAGGAAAGCAGGAUUGGGCUAUUGAGUUUGAUCAUCCAUGAUUGUGAUGGAUGGCAGAGCAGGCUCGAAGGGUCAAAUGGCCUCCUCCUGCUUCUAUCUUCUAUGUUUGUGUUGGAUGAGCUGCCUUUUGGAUGAUUGAUGGGUGCAGUCUGUUUUAAUUUUCUAUAAAGAGUUUAAUCUGGACCCUAGUGUCUGACCUAAGAGAAUUCAACACCAUAAUUUUUAGCAGGAUUACUGAUGUUGCAAUCUUCCUGCUGUUGGCUUCCUAACUGGAGUCCUCUGUGUUUAUUGUCACAAUGCUGCCAGAUUAAUCACGGGUAAGCAGCUCAGCUACCUGACUUGGAGAGGUUAGCAGUGCUGAGGCAGAUUGAAAUCCACGAGCGCACCUCAACAUGGUGACGCCCAAAGGCAUAGACAUCAAAACAUUCAUGGGAAUGAAGCUGAUCAGCUCCUUGGAAAUAUGUAAUUUUGGUUCCACCAACACUGCCCAGCUCUUGACCACUUUACAACCUUGGUCCAAACGUGGAAAAAAAGCUUAACACCAUUAGCGAGGUGAGAGUGCCUGUGCUUAACUUAGUGUGGCAUCACAGACCGCACGUGAAACAAGAAUCAAUCAGAAUCAGUGGAAGUGGGACAGGGACUCUCUAGUCACUAAUGUUAUACUGAGCACAAAAUCAGGCAGUAGUGGUUGUUAAUUGUGCAUCUCGAAAAUCAUCAAUGGAGGAAUUCGUCAGUGUAGUCUCUUAGGUGCAACCAUCUUCAGUUGCUUCAACAAUAAUCUUCCCGCUAUUAUGUCGUCAGAAAUGGGGUGUUAGAGCAUUCAUUAUUCAAUGUUCAGCAAUAUUUGCAACUCUUCAGAUAUUGAAGCUGUCCAUGGACCAGAUGAUUUGAUUUGUUUUGAUUAAUUAUUGUCACAUUUACCAAGAUGCAGUGAAAAGUAUUGUUUUGUGCAUUCUCGGAGUAGAUUGUACUGUACAAAGUGGGCUAAUAACUGCCAGUAACAUUUGUGCCACACAGGUAGAAGGCAAUCCGGGAAAAAGAAUACUGAAAGCCUGAAGACAGUCAGUUGAUUUCUCUCACCAGUUGCUGUAAGCUGUUGUUUUUAAUUAAUAAGUCACAGACUAUAAGUUGUGAAUCUGUUGCUCUGUGCCUCCUGUAAUCAAGUGAAAGAACCUGGAGAUGAGAGCUUUGAAACGCAGCAAAUCAUGACAAGCCACAUCUCUCUGAACCCUGUGGGCAGGGACCAUUAAACAUCCCAGUUUUCCCUCCAUCCUUUGCACCUGUUUUAUUUUUGUGAACUGAGAAAUUUUAUAAGGGUGUGGUUUAACAAGUAGAGUUGUAUAAAGUCCUAAAAGGGGAGGGCGAACAGCCAGAAAUCGUGUUACAUAUUGGCACAAAUGAUAUAGCCAGAAAUAGGUUUGAGGAUAUAAAAAGUGAUUUCAGGGAGUUAGGAUGGAAGCUGCAGAGCAGGACGAACAGAGUAGUGUUCUCUGGUUUACUACCGGUGCCACGAGAUAGCGAGGUGAGGAACAGGGAGCGGGCACAGCUGAACACGUGGCUACGCAGCUGGUGUAGGAGGGAGGGCUUCAGAUAUGU